GGUGCAGUACGGGCUGGGCGCAGUGCUGACGGGCACCGGCUACGGGGUGCAGCAGCAGUGGGGUGCAGCACGGACAGGGUGCAGCGGGGGAAGCGAUAUUAAUGGACCGGCAGGGCUGUGGGCGGCGGUACCGGCGGGCCGCGGUGGCUGCGGGCGGGCGGGAGGCGUGGGCAGUCCGUCAGCUGAUGCAGACGGCAUCAUGUGAGCGGGGCCCCGGGGAGCCGCUCUGUGCCGCGGCGGCAGCGAUGGAGGCGGCAGGACUGAGCGGGCUCGUCCUGGCCCUGGCCCUGGCGCUGCCCUCCGUGGCCCUGGAGAACGGGCUGGCGCGCACUCCCCCCAUGGGCUGGAUGUCCUGGGAGAGGUUCCGCUGCAACGUGGACUGCCAGGCGGAUCCCCGCAACUGCAUCAGCGAGCAGCUCUUCUUCGAGAUGGCAGACCGGCUCGCAGAGGAUGGCUGGAGGGAGCUGGGCUACGAGUACAUCAACCUUGAUGACUGCUGGGCUGCCAAGCAGCGGGAUGUGGCCGGGCAGCUGGUUCCAGACCCCAAGAGAUUCCCCAGGGGAAUUAAGGCUCUGGCUGACUAUGUCCAUGCCAGGGGCCUGAAGCUGGGCAUUUAUGGUGACCUGGGCAUCUUCACCUGUGGGGGCUACCCAGGCACCAUGUUGGAAAAUGUGAAGCAGGAUGCCCAGACCUUUGCAGCAUGGGGUGUGGACAUGCUGAAGCUGGAUGGGUGCUACUCGUCCGCAGAGGAGCAGGCAAAAGGAUACCCAGAAAUGGCAAGGGCCUUGAACGCCACAGGCCGUCCCAUUGUCUACUCCUGCAGCUGGCCAGCAUAUCAGGGGGGUCUUCCCCCCCAGGUAAACUAUACCAUCCUGGCAGAGAUCUGCAACCUGUGGCGUAACUAUGAUGACAUCCAGGACUCCUGGGACAGUGUACUUUCCAUCGUGGACUGGUUCUUCACAAACCAGGAUGUGCUGCAGCCAGCAGCUGGCCCCGGUCACUGGAAUGACCCAGACAUGCUCAUCAUUGGAAACUUCGGCCUUAGCUAUGAACAGUCACGCUCCCAAAUGGCUUUGUGGACAGUGAUGGCAUCUCCGCUCCUCAUGUCCACAGAUCUCCGCACCAUCUCCCCCGAGGCCAAGGAGAUCCUGCAGAACCGACUGAUGAUCCAGAUCAACCAGGAUCCCCUGGGAAUCCAGGGGCGCAGGAUUGUCAAGGAGAAAUACAACAUCGAGGUGUUUGUGCGUCCACUGGCCCAGGCUGCCAGUGCCCUCGUGUUCUUCAGCCGGAGGACAGAUAUGCCCUUCCGCUACACCACCAGCCUGGCCAAGCUCCACUUCCCCGAGGAUGCUGUGUAUGAGGUACAAGACGUGUAUGUGGGGAAGAUCAUUGGAGACUUAAAAACAGCAGACAACUUCUCAGUCGUUAUUAACCCCUCGGGGGUGGUGAUGUGGUAUCUCCAUCCCAAGACCCUCCCAGUACAACCCUGGCAUGUUGUCAGACAGCAAGCCCCUGGUGGGGGUUACCGCCCAGCCCUUCUGUGACAGGGCCCAGUGGAUGCGGUGUGGACCAGUGCCAGGGUGAGCUGUGAGACCCCAAGGCAUGUGGUUCUUCACUGUACAAGUGCCUUUCGCUGGUGAGCCCAGCAAUGCCGGGCAGUGACCAUCCUCUGGUACCAGCUUGAAGAUACCUGCUCUAUCCGCAUAAACCAGAAAUUCUUGUUACUCACUGCCUAAGGGUGUGCAGAGCGUAGUUCCUCGGUGAUUGCAAAACCUUUUGAGAUCCUCCUGUGGAAGAUGCCAUACAAGAAGAGUCCACCACUACUGAAGUUUGUCAGCUCUGACGCCUGAGAACACCAUUGCUUUGAGCUGGGUACUACUGGCUGCUGGAGGGGCUGUUUGAACUACACCUGCAGAAAGGCUUUGGGUGCUUUAGUAUCUCCUAGGGUUGUGACAUCCCAUUUUCCCUCUUUUCCCAGCCUCCCCCAGGUGCGUGAUGGCAUUAACCUCACGGAUCAGACUUGGUCACCUUCUUUCUUUUGCUAUAAUCAGCUUGGUUUAGAAUAAGGAACUGUCAGCUGGGCUGCAUCCCACAUAGCCCCACCAGGAUCUUGGAGGCAUAAUGGCCCUGUGCAGUGAGGCUUUGCUUGCAGCACUACUGCACCCUAGUGUACAUGCUAGCAUUGUAUUAAAGCCCCUCUGGUAGAAGUUUACAGCAGAGCAAACAUCUCUGUGAGCCAUGCACUCCCCAGGAGCUGUGCUGUGGUACACACCAAAAGCCACAGAGCCGCAGCACAUUGUGUAGGAGUGCUGGCAGGAAGAUGCUGAUACUCAGGUAAAGUGGUCUUUUGGCUUGGGAGUUGGUCACGGGUGCCUCCAAGCUGAAAGUUGCAUCCUUCUUUCUCUAGAAGGAAACUUCUGCUGAAAGGAGGAUCAGAUCCUACUUCAGCAGGCUGAAAACUCAGGGAGUCUCAGGGAAAGGCUUCUCCCAAGGGGCCCUUGCAUCCACAGCUCUAUCCUGAGGAGGAGUCUACAGUAAUAAACUAGAAGUGAGUGUCAGGACACUCUAAAGCCCUCAACUGCUUCACCUUCAUAAAGCAAACUACCCAUGGAAGAGUUCUAGGUGACACAAGACACAAGAUUAAGCCUCAGACUGGGGAAAUACAUUUUGGAUUAGGAAAAAAAAAAUCUCUAUUCCUGUUCAGCUGUGGGAGGGUUCCUGGUCAUCUGUCCACUCUGGUUCCUGAAGGACCAAAUGGUUGAUUUUGGACCCUUCUACAAACUUCCUCUGAGGUGCAGGGUCGAGAUACUGAACACAAUGCAGUUCUAAUAAGGGAGGACUUGCUAACAAAACAAGGAGCUGGCUUUUUUCUUGGGGAGUGAUUGAGGCAAAUUGAUUGAAAUAAAGGGAAGUAGAUCAUA